AUGACGACUUCCAAGCGAUUGGCUGAGAAGAAGAACUCCGCUUUUCACAAGAACAUCACGAAACGAGGGAACGUUCCUGAUAGCGUCACGAAACGGAGUGAGAAGUUUCCGGUCAGCGUCUGGGUUCUCGGUUUCUUCAUCUUCGUUGUCAUUGGCUCGUCUCUUUUCCAAAUAAUCCGCAACGCUCAGUCAAGGGCGGUUGAGUAA